AUGGUCAGACCCAAAGCUGCAGACGAGCUGGAUCCGGAUGCCAGACCCUUGCCUCAAAGCUUGGAGAGGAGGUCCUUCCUGAGGGGAAGUUUCCACGGAUUGCCUGUCAGAAGUCUCAGCAACAAAGGAAACCAUGGUCUCGCUGGCCAACAUGGUGCCACGAGUAGCACCAAGCGUCUGCUGUCUGGUUGCACACUCCUGGGAUAUGAGUUGCCCUCAGUGAAGCGAGUUGCGGCUGACACCAUGUCAGGAUCUUCGCUGGGACAUCACACAUUCCCUCGUAGUGCCUCGUCAGGAGACACCACCAAAGCUGCAACAGGCUACUCUAUCUCCGGAGCACGACUCACCCCGAUGGAAUCUGCUUCAGCCAUAGAUGCUAGCGCCGCUUGGGUGGACCAGAACCAGUGUAGCAGAUGUGACCGGCUGAAGCAAAGUUGGCUCUACACACUGGAACAAUUGAAAGGAUCUGAUAGUGUGGUAUUAACUGAAGAUUCUGUGAAAAUUGCAGCUCACUUUUGUCUCCCUUAUUUGGCAUCUCUAGGCAUUCAGUCUCUGGUCAAGCAGGGAGCAAAACAGGGCAUGCCGGCCAACAAGCUGCUGGACGCCCUGCGAGGAACCGACAUCAUGCACUGGAAGCAAAGCCUCUCUGAGCUGAUAGAAAUCAGUCUGGCACAAACCACCUCUAUAUGGAGGAUGUAUGGCAAAAGCACUAUGGCACGGCAGCAGGCUCAGCUCCUGUUAAAUAUGAACAGUCUGGAGCCGGUGAACUUUAGUGUGCAGCAGAACAACACUGAGGCCUUUGCUGUCGCUCUCUGCCAUCUGGCUGAACUCCAUGCUGAGCAGGGCCUUUAUGCUGUUGUGAGUGACAUCAUGAAACACUUGAAGCAGCAGUUUCCUCCUCAUACCCAACAUGCCAAACUCUGGAUGCUGUGUGAUCUGAAAAUUCAGUUUGAGAAGGCUAUGAAUGAUGGGAAAUACCACUUGGCUGAACCGCAUGUCACAGCUAUCUCUGCCUUAAACAGCACUGAGGGAUUGUACAGGAAAGCGCAGCUGCUGAAAGCUCUCAAUCAGACAUCUGAAGCAUCUAAGAUUCUCCAGCAGCUGCAGCAGCAGUGUGAGAAGAGUAAGAACAUAGAGAUGACUAUCAGGGUGAUGCUGGCCUCUGCAGAACUUCACUGGGACUCGUCUGGUUUUGCGACAGCUCUGCCGUUACUCUUGCAGGCUCUUUCUCUGUCACGCCAACACAACCUGCAGAGCUUGACCUCAGAGACGCUGUUACACCUGGCAUUUACACAGCUGAUGUUGGGGAUCCCUGAGCAGGCUCUUGUAUUGGUGCAGGACGUGUUGGAGUCAGUUUUGGCUCAUGGGUCUCUGAUAGACAAGGGCAGAGCUCUGCUGCUGGCCGCUCGCUGUCAGAUGGCUUUAGCAGGAGCUGCUGCACAGGAACACAGACUGACUGCACUGGAACAAGCUGUGCACACUUUGGAUGAGGCAGUUGUGUAUUUCUCUCAGCUUGACUGUAAAGAGCGUAUGAGAGACAUACACUACCUACAGGCACGCCUGCAUCACACUCUCGGCAACAUUGCUCAGCGUAACAAAUGCUCCAUGCUCUUCCGCCUACUGGAUCAGGAGCUGCCGUCGUCCGGGAUGACUGUGGUCAGUCAUCUUUAGAAAACAUGAACGACACCAAACACUGUUUCCUGUAC